AUGACUGGCGAGAUUGCGGCUUCUGCGCUGGUAGGUCCGACGUACGUGCUCGCCGGCAGUGGGCGAUUGUUCCCCAAUCGUGGCUUCACGUCUGGAGCUAUCGUUCGGAAGCGCUUCGCGGAGAACACCACAACCUUGGCCCUGACGGUUGGCUUUGUUAUGCCGACGAUGAUGAAGAUUCACCAGCAGCUGGAUGGGUAUCUCGAGGAGGGUCUCGAUAUGCAACUUGGAGAUGUGGUAGACGUCAUGGUUGCUGCUGGAAAGGAGCAUUUGUUGCAGUUCGCCGACUUGCUGGCGCGCGUGGCGGUUCAAACUGGAGUUUCGUGCGCGCUGAUUCGCUCGAGAACGGCAUACGGUGAUAGUGUUGUUUACCUGUGGGACGUGUACCCGCAGCUGCACCAGAACUAUGUCGGCGCAUUGCUGCGGUUCCUGCGGCUACCACCGUUUCUUUCCACUUUGUUGGGGCCGCGCGUGUCACCGGAUGAUCUGAGCGUCUUCGAAAUGUCCAUCACACCUCUCGCCGCGAUGGAGGACUGCUCGAAACGCAACGCGCUACACCUGGUAAGCGAUGUAGUAGUGGAUACCGUGGGUUUCUGCGUGGAGUGGAAGGUCUCUGCAAAGUCCGAUAAGAAGCCUACCGCUCUGGCGGUCAGGGUUGUCAUGCAUGUGACGGUGGCGCUGAUGAAGGUGGGUGGCGCCACGGCGGGUCGGGCAGCGGCGGGCGCACGCGGGGAGUACUGGGGCGAACUGGCAGGUGCUGCUGCUGCGCCGCUGGUAUUCGGGCAACUUAGCGCCUUGUUGCUCUCCAGGUCGCGGCGACGCCGAGUAUCCGCCGGUGUGUCUGGACGGACGCGGAGCAGCAGCAAGGAGAGCUCACGGUCGCGCGGCAGCACACUACAUCCUUCCACCGGCAGGAAGGCGUAA